AUCUUAUACGCAAUACUCCAAAACAGAGAAUAACUAAUAAGCCCAAAAUGGCUUUCAAGAAUCACCCUCCACUGUUUCUUUCACUCUGUUUCUUCUUCUUCUUCUUUCUUUGCAUACCCAUUUGCAGAGUAGAAUCUCGAGUACCUUUCGCUUGUGACCCGAGAAAUGGGCUGACCCGAAACCUGAUAUUCUGCAGGGUUAAUGUACCGAUACAUGUGAGAGUGAGGGAUUUGUUGGGGAGAUUGACAUUGCAGGAGAAGAUUAGGUUGCUAGUGAACAAUGCAGCUGCUGUUCCAAGACUUGGUAUUCAAGGUUAUGAGUGGUGGUCUGAGGCUCUACAUGGUGUUUCCAAUGUGGGUCCAGGUGUCAAGUUCGGUGGGGCCUUCCCUGGGGCGACUAGCUUCCCUCAAGUAAUCACCACCGCUGCCUCUUUCAACGAGUCUCUUUGGGAGCAAAUCGGACGGGUAGUAUCAGACGAAGCAAGGGCAAUGUACAAUGGAGGACUGGCUGGAUUGACAUAUUGGAGCCCUAAUGUGAACAUAUUUCGAGAUCCCCGGUGGGGUAGAGGACAAGAAACUCCGGGCGAAGACCCUGUUUUAGCCGGAAAAUAUGCUGCCAGCUAUGUCAGGGGACUUCAGAGUAUCACAGGUAACAGAUUAAAGGUUGCCGCAUGCUGCAAGCAUUACACAGCCUACGAUCUUGAUAAUUGGAAUGGGGUGGAUCGGUUCCAUUUUAAUGCUAAGGUAAGCAAGCAAGACUUGGAAGACACCUACGACGUGCCGUUCAAGGCCUGUGUGGUGGAAGGGAAGGUUGCUAGUGUAAUGUGCUCAUACAAUCAAGUCAAUGGAAAACCCACUUGUGCUGAUCCUGAUCUACUCAAAAACACCAUCAGAGGUGAAUGGCGUCUUAAUGGAUACAUUGUUUCAGACUGUGACUCUGUUGGGGUUUUAUAUGAUAAUCAACACUACACUUCAACACCUGAAGAGGCAGCUGCAGCCACUGUUAAAGCAGGCCUUGAUUUGGACUGUGGCCCAUUCUUGGCAAUCCACACAGAAAAUGCUGUAAGAAAAGGAUUACUUACCGAGGAAGAUGUAAAUAUGGCCUUAGCCAAUACAAUAACCGUCCAGAUGAGAUUGGGCAUGUUCGAUGGAGAGCCAUCGGCCCAACCAUAUGGUAACUUAGGCCCAAGAGAUGUUUGUACUCCGGCCCAUCAGGAGUUAGCUCUAGAGGCGGCCCGACAAGGCAUAGUUCUGCUCGAGAAUCGUGGGGGAGCCCUUCCAUUGUCCGGUGCCCGUCACCAUACCGUAGCAGUCGUUGGACCGAAUUCUGAUGUUACCGUUACCAUGAUAGGGAAUUAUGCUGGUAUUGCAUGUGGUUACACUAGUCCAUUGCAAGGAAUCGGCAGAUAUGCAAAGACAAUUCACCAACCCGGGUGUGAAAAUGUGGCCUGCACUGGCAAUCAAAAUUUUGCAAGAGCUGAGGUUGCAGCUCGCCAUGCUGAUGCUACUGUCCUUGUAAUGGGUCUUGACCAAUCCAUAGAAGCAGAAUUCAGGGAUAGGGUAAGCCUUCUCUUGCCUGGAAACCAACAAGAACUUGUAUCAAGGGUAGCUAAAGCCUCUAGAGGUCCAACUAUAUUGGUGUUGAUGAGUGGGAGUCCUAUUGAUGUCUCCUUUGCUAAGAAUGAUCCUCGCAUUGGUGCCAUUUUAUGGGUUGGGUAUCCGGGACAAGCCGGAGGCGCUGCCAUUGCUGAUGUUUUGUUUGGCACUACAAAUCCAGGUGGGAAGCUGCCAAUGACAUGGUAUCCACAAAGCUAUAUUGCAAAAGUACCAAUGACAAAUAUGGGAAUGAGGGCUGACCCUUCAACAGGCUAUCCUGGUAGAACCUACAGAUUCUACAAAGGCCCUGUCGUUUUCCCUUUUGGCCAUGGAAUGAGUUACACUUCCUUUUCUCACUCUCUAUCACAAGCUCCAAAACAGCUCUCAUUACCCAUUACAAGUCUUUCUGCCUUGAAAAACACUACUGGUUUAAACAAUGCAAUUAGGGUUUCUCACACAAACUGUGAGUCCCUUUUAUUAGGACUUGAUCUUGAUGUGAAAAACACAGGAUCCGUGGAUGGAACUCAAACUCUUCUUGUUUUCUCUAGCCCUCCUGAAGGAAAAUGGUCCUCUAACAAGCAAUUAAUUGGUUUUGAGAAGAUCCAUUUAGUUGCUGGAUCACAGAAACAAGUCAGAAUUAACAUUCAUGUGUGCAAGCACUUGAGUGUAGUUGAUCGAUUCGGAAUUCGAAGAAUUCCCAUUGGUAAACAUCAUCUCCACAUUGGAGAUCUCAAACAUUCUAUUUCUCUCCAAACAAACCUGGAAGGAAUCAAAUAUUAGUAGCUUUGUAGGAAAGUGAAAUUGAUUAAUCCACAAUUGUAACAUAGAUUAAUACACAGAAGAAUGUUUAAUUAGAGUUUUCAAUAAGAAAGUUUGUUAUAGAACAGGUUCCUGAGUCCCAACAUUCCAUUCACUUAAUGCAAGAAACAGAAUUAAGUGAAAGAAAUAGGUUAAUGUAUGAAGCAAAUAAACCAGUACCAGGUCAGGUAUGCUGGUUGCCAUUCUUGUUUCUACUUUAUAUGCAAGGAAAAUGUAACUAUAUCUUUGAGAAUUGGUGGUUGUAAUUGUAAACUUUUGCCUCAUAAAUAUGAGGUGCUAUUGGAAAAGGAAUAUAGUUUGAAUUAUUUCAGUC